ACAAUAGAUCAUUCGUUGCGUGGCCCUCAAACUAUCACGGUUUUCAGACCUGACAAGUGUACAAGCUCUCCAAUCUCUCCCAAAACCUUUCUACUCUACCUUUCACAGUUGCUAUUGGAAUCCAACCCAUCACACCCUUUCUUUUCUAUUCUGCGUUCUGGUUGGGUAUCUCAUCCCCAAGAGAGGGUGCAAUGGAGCUUUCCCCAUUGCCUCACAGUCCAGCCGAAGACGAUGGCAUUACUGCUUCAUCUCAGGCUGGUGCAUCUUCAGACGAUGUGAAGUUUUUCACGCCGAGGAACAAUUGUCCCUCUAGUGUCAAUAUAUCCGACCAAGCCGCCAUGAGCUUGCAGGAUCGGUCGAGCAGGGACAACAAACGAAAGGCUGCUUGUAGCAUUGUGGAAGUCACUGAAACUAGCCAAGACCAAGGCAUGUCCAAGAGGCUAAAGCUUGAAGUUACGAGGAGCAAGUCGCCUCAGUUGCCCGGGGACAGAUCACUUCUUCCCUCUGGAAUAUGGCAUCGAGUUUUCGCAUUUCUCCCCCCUAGGAGCUUGGGUGCCCUGCUACGAGUUAACAAGCUUUUCAACGGGUAUCUUGAUUCUCACUCCGCUUUCGGCAACACUGCUCUUUACCCGGAAAAUGCGUGUCUCCUCAAGCCCAUGAAGCCAGAUACAGUCUGGCAGCAUUCAAGGAGAUUGCACUAUCCCAGAAUGCCCUCCCCUCUGGGAAAUCGGACUGAACUCGAUAUGUGGCGGCUAUGCUGCACCAAAACCUGUCAAUAUUGCGGUGUUACAAAGCCGAUUAAUCAACAACAAGAGAAUGCCGAUCCCUGGCGCCCAGGGCCUGGAGUGCAUGGUCUGGCAACCGUAUUUGCAUUUGGCGUCACCUGUUGCGGUCCCUGUCUUUUGAAGCAUUCUGUGAAGGAGAUCGACCUCUUACUUUCUUCCACAACCCCAUCAUCCCUCAUCCCAGCUCUCGCCUUUGUCUUCGUCACACCCGAACUGCAGGCCAUCCCAUCGAGCACCUUGAAAACCAAUGUGGGCGAUAACAAGCUGGGAACUACAAAAUUAUACUCAGCCUCCAACAUCACUGCCGUCAAGGAACAGUUAAAUGUGGUUCAGAGCCUUGGGACAGCAGCCGUCGAAGAGUGGCUCAAGGGACUAGGCGCCCAGGGCAAAGAACUUAGAAUUGAUGCAUCACGAUGGGAGAAGUGGGCUGCGGCUGGCGGUCUGGCGCAAAUGUGCCAGGGCGUGAAAACUCUGGGAAACGAGAGUAGUGAUGAACUGCUGCAAGACCGAGAACUCGAACCACCAAAGUCCCCUCAAGAUUCUUUGGAAGACCGAGGCUCAGAAGCCCGCAGUAGGUCAGAUAAGACCCAAGAAGAGGCUGCUGCGCAGAAAGCAUUACGGCGUGCUGAAAUCGAGCGGCGCGCAAUGUUACUCGACCCUCCUCUGCCACCCAAUGUUGUUGUUCAUAUGCCUUCCUUCCAAGCAGCCAUACAAAUCACGGCCGCCUUGGACGAGAAUGCGUGGAAUACGCUGAAGCCCAAAUUGCUGUCUCAACGAGCCGAUGCCGAGAGGAACAUCAACGUGGGUCCUACUAAAUCUCGGAGCACCAGCAUUGGAGGGAAGGUCGAGACAAAAAGAGAAGUCACAGAUCAAGACUGGGACGAUAUCCAAGGCCCGGUACGGGCACGAAUGUCAAAAUAUGCUGACGAGAUUAUCCGCGGUAGCUGGAAUAAGGGUCGCAAAGUCAGCAAGGAGAAUAGCCCACGUUUUGCAGCAGGGGUCCUCCUAUCAGUGCGUUCAAGAUUCUACGCCGAUGUCGCGAAAGACGCGGCGGAUGCUAUCGCAGCUGGGCGGCGGCCUGUUGUCGAUCCCCAAGAUGGCCCUUUUACACAGAAGCUCACUCUGGAGAACAUGAAGUGGGUAUUUGAUAUGAAGAUCAAACAGCAUACCGAGUCGCAUAGGAAGGAGUUGUUUCUUUGCAACGGUUGCGAAAGCCAUAGGUUCUACGGAUUCGAGGGGGUCAUACAACACUAUGCCGCAAAGCAUACCAAAGCCCUCAGUCUCGGCAACAUUGUUGUUCACUGGAGAGCUGAGUGGCCAGAGCAGUCUAUAUUCAAACCCCACGGCCGAUCGACCAAAGAUUCUCAGCAAGCCGCAGGAAAGGGAACCGCCCAAGGUUAUGCGGCGACAGGAUCCCGGCCACCUCGAGGUCAUGAUACUCUUAGCCGGAGUGGUAGCCUCCUACCUAGCUCUGUGUACCGUUUUCCUUCCGACCAAGUUCCGCCCCUUUCCUAUCAAGCACCACAAGCCGCCCCGUACAAUCCGUUACCAACAUACAAUACAAAUGCCAGCAUACCGCGUGCGCCCUACCUACCGCCGAACUUUGAGCCGUCUGGCGCCCCCCAAUUCUAUCAUGUGGGAUCUUCUAGCUUUGGACCCAUGCCUCCUGGCCCCCAAGAGCACCCUCUACACAUGCUAGGAACACCAUAUGUUGGGCAGCCGCAUAGCACUCUUCCGCAUCAAGGCAAUUCUCAGCCACCAUCUGCUGUACCACAAGGAAUGCCUUUUACGUCAUCGUAUACCACUCAGUUGGAAAACCUGGCCCGGAUCGCGAGAGACAUUUGGAACUCGCUGAGCACAACUAGGGAUUUACCUGGGCCCUUGAGAGUAUACAUCACGAUACACCAUGUGGUCAAACGUUUCUGGCACAAAUUUGGCGAGACUCCCUCGUUGCGGAUGUUCAAUGAUGGGUUAUCAAACAAUAAGGCUAUGCGUCCAGUCCGCAAUAUCAACGGACUGAGGUGCAGAUCCUGUAUUAUGGGUCUAGGGCCACCAGUUAAUCCAGAACGCGCCAUAUUCUCUCUCCCGCAGCUCGUCAAUCACUUCGAAAACCAACAUGUCGGAUCCCAGCAGGUGGGGCACAGGAGUGAGCCAGGCCUCGAUUGGACACAAGACAUGAUCUUGAUGCCGGAUGUAUCAGAAAUUCCUGACUUGAAUGCCGUCAUUGGCAGCAAGGGACACAAGUUCAACCUCGUCAACGAAGCAGUCCCUUGGGUCUUCAAUAAACCCAGCAGGCCUUUACAACAGUAUGGAGUCGCAUGGCCUCUGGGCGGGGUGGUACAGCCCAGCGAUCCAGAUCAGACCGCGAAUGAAAAUUGGCACACCUACACCAUGCAUGCAGAUGCUUCCAUCGAUGAAUGCGCCCCCUGGCAUGGUCCUGGAGCCAUUCGAGAACCACCUAUUGUGGGUCAAGAACAACAACGCCGAGACACGCAGCCCUCAACUGAAGAUUAUGAUCGAAGAUCUACAACGUUCCCCUAUAAGCCACUGAUCACUUCUCACGAAGCACGUGACCCAGGACAGACCCUUCAGUCCUCAAGCGUUGACCCUCGCCGACAAAGCUCUUGGGGCGCAUUUCCGACAGAGUUUGAACAUAGGGGCACCGCUUACUAUGACAGUGGGCAUCCUUCGAGCCCCCGACCGAGUCUUGGCCGAAUCUCGGUACAGGCAUGGUAGCAGAUACCCAGUUGAGGAGGAAGAGAGAGUCGUUCGUACGUUGGAUCAGUCGAGGUUGGUUCGGUCACGCCCAUCACUUGACCGAGAGCAAUUACUGCCGCAGGACACAAGACCAGGCUCAGCAAGAUGCGCCCCAGUAAUUCCUCAUUCUUCAAGGUCCGUCGAGCUAGAUUCUGCACGUCCAUCAGCAGGGGACCCCGAUGACUUUAGCUUGACUGCUGCUCUCGAGUCGCAUCUUGCUCGAGAUCGUGA